UCUGCGCUCUGCCCAAUGAGAUCCGUCAGGGGAGGCACCCGGCUCACUUUUCCACAUCACUUCACAGUUACAUUUGGCAGGCAGGCGGGCUCGCACGCUGGAGCGCUCAGCCCACAAUUAGUGGAUUUAUUCGGAAUCUCCUUGCUUCCUCGAAUCUCCUCCGCCGUCGCCGGUCUGUGCACAGACGGUCCCGCGCACGCACCCGCUCGCUGCACUUCGCGCUGCGGACACCCCGAGCCCAGCGCGCCCGACCCGCGUCUCCACACCGAGCCCCGCAGCUCCGAGAGGCAUGAACGGAAUCCGGAGGCGUCUGCCCAGCGCGCGGGAACCGCUCGCUGCUCGCCGCUCUCGGGAGUCGACCCCGAGCCCCUGCAGCCGUUUGUGAGCCAGGAGGCUUGGCAUUCGCCAGCGCCGAGACCCUCAAGAGCAGUUUCAAGGAAAAGGAACGCCAAUGGAUGGUCGUCUUAGAAGAGCGGCUUAGACGAUGUCUGUUUCCUGUGCUAUAAACGCGUGGCGGAGCUGUAAGUAAAUGGUCCACACUGCAUGAUGAAUUGGAUGGCUGCAGACCGGAGGCAAAAAAAGUAAUUGUCUCAUUUUCGUGGUGAUUUGCUUAACUGGUGGGACCAUGCCAGAACGGCUAGCGGAAAUGCUCUUGGAUCUCUGGACUCCACUAAUAAUAUUAUGGAUCACUCUUCCCCCUUGCAUUUACAUGGCUCCGAUGAAUCAGUCUCAAGUAUUAAUGGGUGGAUCCCCUUUGGAACUAAACAGGCUGACUGAAGAACAGCGGAUUUUGAACCGCUCCAAGAGAGGCUGGGUUUGGAAUCAAAUGUUUGUCCUGGAAGAGUUUUCUGGACCUGAACCGAUUCUCGUUGGCCGGCUGCACACAGACCUGGCUGGGAGUAAAAAAAUCAAGUAUAUCUUAUCGGGCGAUGGAGCUGGGACAAUAUUUCAAAUAAAUGAUAUAACAGGAGAUAUCCACGCUAUAAAAAGACUUGACCGGGAGGAAAAGGCUGAGUAUACUCUAACAGCUCAGGCAGUGGACUGGGAGACGAACAAGCCUCUGGAGCCUCCUUCUGAAUUUAUUAUUAAAGUUCAAGACAUCAACGACAAUGCGCCAGAGUUUCUUAAUGGACCCUAUCAUGCUACAGUGCCAGAGAUGUCCAUUUUGGGUACGUCUGUCACUAAUGUAACAGCUACUGAUGCUGAUGACCCAGUUUAUGGAAACAGUGCAAAGUUGGUUUAUAGUAUCUUGGAAGGGCAGCCUUAUUUUUCCAUUGAGCCUGAGACAGCAAUUAUAAAAACUGCCCUUCCCAACAUGGACAGAGAAGCCAAGGAAGAAUACCUGGUUGUUAUCCAAGCCAAAGAUAUGGGUGGACACUCCGGUGGCCUGUCUGGAACCACAACACUUACAGUGACCCUUACUGACGUUAAUGACAAUCCUCCAAAAUUUGCCCAAAGUCUGUAUCACUUCUCAGUACCAGAAGAUGUGGUUCUUGGCACUGCCAUAGGGAGGGUGAAGGCCAAUGAUCAGGAUAUUGGUGAAAAUGCGCAGUCAUCCUAUGACAUCAUCGAUGGAGACGGAACAGCACUCUUUGAAAUCACUUCUGAUGCCCAGGCCCAGGAUGGCAUUAUAAGACUAAGAAAGCCUCUGGACUUUGAGACCAAAAAAUCCUAUACUCUGAAGGUAGAGGCAGCCAAUGUCCACAUUGACCCACGUUUCAGUGGCAGGGGGCCCUUUAAAGACACGGCAACGGUCAAAAUCGUUGUUGAGGAUGCUGACGAGCCUCCUGUCUUCUCUUCGCCUACGUACCUCCUUGAAGUUCAUGAAAAUGCUGCUCUGAACUCCGUGAUUGGGCAAGUGACUGCUCGUGACCCUGAUAUCACCGCCAGUCCUAUCAGGUUUUCCAUCGACCGGCACACUGACCUGGAGAGACAAUUCAACAUUAAUGCAGAUGAUGGAAAGAUAACGCUGGCCACACCACUUGACAGAGAAUUAAGCGUAUGGCACAACAUAACAAUCAUUGCUACCGAAAUUAGGAACCACAGUCAGAUAUCACGAGUGCCUGUUGCUAUUAAAGUGCUGGAUGUCAAUGACAACGCCCCUGAAUUCGCAUCCGAAUAUGAGGCAUUUUUAUGUGAAAAUGGAAAACCCGGCCAAGUCAUUCAAACAGUGAGUGCCAUGGACAAAGAUGAUCCCAAAAAUGGACAUUAUUUCUUAUACAGUCUUCUUCCAGAAAUGGUCAACAAUCCGAAUUUUACCAUCAAGAAAAAUGAAGAUAAUUCCCUCAGCAUUUUGGCAAAGCAUAAUGGAUUCAACCGCCAGAAGCAAGAAGUCUAUCUGUUGCCAAUCAUAAUCAGUGAUAGUGGGAAUCCCCCUCUGAGUAGCACCAGCACCCUGACCAUUCGGGUCUGUGGCUGCAGCAGUGACGGUGUUGUCCAGUCUUGCAAUGUCGAAGCUUAUGUCCUUCCGAUUGGACUCAGUAUGGGCGCCUUAAUUGCCAUAUUAGCGUGCAUCAUUUUGCUGCUAGUCAUUGUGGUGCUGUUUGUAACUCUGCGGCGACAUAAAAAUGAGCCCUUAAUUAUUAAAGAUGAUGAAGAUGUACGAGAAAACAUCAUCCGCUAUGACGAUGAAGGAGGAGGAGAGGAAGACACGGAGGCUUUUGAUAUUGCGACUCUACAAAACCCAGAUGGAAUUAAUGGAUUUUUACCCCGUAAGGAUAUUAAACCAGAUUUGCAGUUUAUGCCAAGGCAAGGGCUUGCUCCUGUUCCGAACGGUGUUGAUGUCGAUGAAUUUAUAAAUGUGCGUCUACAUGAGGCAGAUAAUGACCCCACUGCCCCGCCAUAUGACUCCAUUCAGAUUUAUGGUUAUGAAGGCCGAGGGUCUGUGGCUGGCUCCCUCAGCUCCUUGGAGUCCACCACCUCAGACUCAGACCAGAAUUUUGACUACCUCAGUGACUGGGGUCCCCGCUUUAAGAGACUGGGAGAACUCUACUCUGUUGGUGAAAGUGACAAAGAAACUUGACAGUGGAUUAUAAAUGAAUCAGUGGAACUGAGCAUUCUGUAAUAUUCUAGGGUCACGCCCCUUAGAUACAACCAAUGUGGCUAUUUGUUUUAGAGGCAAGUUUAGCACCAAUCAUCUAUAAACUCAACUACAUUUCAAUGUUGAACCAAAAAUUAAUAAUAAAAAUAAAAAGUAUAUGUUAGGAGGUUAUAAAUCUUGUGGAGUGUGAAUUAAAGUAUGUGGAGUGUCUAGAAGUCUUUGGAUAUUUGAUAUUUACCUAACCACCACAGACAAAGAUUGGGAUCCUGGCUAAUCCUUAGAGAGAUGGUUUAAAAAAAAAAAAAAAGAGGAAAAAAAUCCAAAUUAAAAGGUGCUUUCUUAGAAAAAUGGACCUGCAAGAAAUGUGCUGCUGAUACGUGUCUUCUGCAAGGAUUUUUAUAAAUGCAAAUGGUUUUUUUCCCCUUCACCAAUAAGGAUCCCGCCACAAAUGAUAAAGCAAUACUUGGUCCGCUGUACAUGAUGACUUUUUGGAGUUUUGGGAGGCCUCCUAGAUUAUACGGUACGGUGACCACACAUUGUACAUAACUGUUGGCCCCACUCAUCAGAGACUGAAAUAGCAUCUUUAAAUAUUGUGUCGAGCCUUAAAAUAUUCACAUGUUCGUAAUCCAUUCCAGGGUGGGGAUUGCCAACUCAGUGGUGGGAGGAGAGAAAUCCCAUUCAAACAGGCUUGUUUUCUGGAAACAGGAUUACUCGUUCCCUCCACUUCAUCUUCUUCCACAAGGACACAAAGAUAAACUGUAUCACACAGUGGACUACAUAAGAGACAGAUGGUUUUACUGCUAGCGCGUGAAUUUAUUUGUUUAAUCCUCGAAAUAAAUAUUUUAUUGAUGUCCAUUAAUCCUUUUAUUUAUUAAGGUUGGUAAUCUAUAGAUUAAGGGACUAUAUGGGAAAAAAACCCUAAAUUAUAUCCAUUAAUAAGCCUUUAGAUUGUUUUAUAUAAAUAUAUAUAUAUAUAUAUAUAUACAAUGAAUGUUUAAUACAUGUACAUUUCGAUGAGAUGAGUAUGGCAGGCAAUAUUAUUAAAGGGGGAGCUAAUAGUCUCUUUAGAGUAGAAAGUGUUACUGUGGCUGGUGAUGGCAGGAGCAGCAUUUUCCCAGAGAAACUUUUGGACUGUUUUCUAUUUUGUUCAUAAUCCUAGUAUUUGGUGUUUUUACUACAAGCACAAACAUCUGGAAGUAUAUUGAUUCAUGUGAAUAUUUAAACUCUAGACUUUUAGAUACCUACAUAAUGCCCUGUCCAAUAAACAUGCUUCAAGUUCCCCCCUCCCCCACUGUUUUAGAGCAGGAACUGGUUUGUACAUAAUUUUACUGCUUUUGUUUUUAGCCCUUCUCUCCCUGAUCUUCAUGGUGAUACACAGAACGUCUUAGACUCCAAAAACGAACAGCACUAGAAGAUGUGAGCAUAUUCAAUUUGUAACACAAUCCUGCCAUUUAGAAGUAGAAAAUGUAUGAUAAAAAUCAAGUACUACAUGCAGAUCAUUUUAAUUUUCUACUUUGCUUUAAUGCAAUAUUGUUUAUUUACUUCAUGUACUGUAUUCAGAGAAACUCCUGUA